UGAGUGGGGGUUGGAAUUUGCUGCCUACUAAACCAAACAGAAGAUAAUUGGUUUUCAUUUAACAUACAAAUACAAAAGCUAACCCCCUCUCUAAUCACAUAAUUAAUUCAACCCUAUUUCUCUGUCUUUUGAAUUUCAGAAAAAUAAUUUACAACAAUCAAUGCCUCUUUCCCUCCAUUGCUAAUAUCUUCUCUCUCCUCCUUCAAUUCAUUACUCCUCUCUUCUCUCUCUCCUCUGUCUCUGAAUCAAUUUAAUUAAUUUACCCUUCUCUGCUAAAAUGCACCUUUGAUCCCAAUUUUCCUUUUCUUUCAAAGUUGAGAUCUUUUCAUUGAAGAAGAAGAAGAACAAGAACAAGAAGAACCCCAGUAAAGCAAUGGUUGCAGAGCCUUGGUUACUGAGAAUGGGGAAUCAGGUAAGUAGCAAUCUGAAAAACUCCCUUCUUUUACACCCAACAAGCACAAGUAAUAGUAGUAGUAGAAAGAAGAAAAGUAGCAGUAGUAGUACUAGUAGUUGCUCUAAUAUUGGUAUCUUGUCAUUUGAGGUUGCUAAUGUUAUGUCAAAAUUGGUCCAUCUUCAUAACUCUGUCUCUGAUGAAGAGAUCUCAAAACUGAAGCAUGAAUUGAUUAAAUCAGAGGGUGUUAAGAAAUUGGUUUCUUGUGAUGAUUCUUACCUUUUAGAGCUUGCUUAUUCUGAGAGGGUAGAUGAUUUGAAUAGGGUUGCUGAGGUUGUUUCUAGGUUGGGGAAAAGAUGUACUGAGCCAACUUUGCUUGGCUUUGAGCAUGUUUAUGGGGAUAUUGUUAGUGGUAGGAUUAAUGUCAAAGAUUUGGGGUUUUUGGUUAAGGAUAUGGAUAGUAUGAUUAGGAAGAUGGAGAGGUAUGUGGGUGCUACUGCUAAUUUGUAUGGUGAAUUGGAGGUUUUGAAUGAAUUGGAGCUUGCUACCAACAAGUUUCAUUUGAAUCAUAACCUUGAUAGUCGUAGGGCUUUUGAUCAGAAGUUGUCUUGGCAAAGGCAGGAUGUCAAGCAUUUGAAGGAUGUUUCUCUUUGGAAUCAGACCUAUGAUAAGGUUGUUGAGCUUUUGGCCAGGACUGUUUGUACCCUUUAUGCUAGAAUUUGUGUUGCCUUUGCUAAUGUCGAUGUGCUUCGAGCAGUGCCUCCUGCUCAGCUUGGUGUCAAGAGCAUUGGUAAGCUUGAGAGUCGCCGCAGUCUUAGGCUUAUGAACCGGAAUAAUUCUUUGCAUAGUCAAACUUGCGAAAAGAAGCCUCCUAGUUUCAAGACUCAAUCUAGUCUGAAAAGAAGUGAAUUAGACCUGCUUCAUCGUCAGGAUUUAGUUUAUCCUUGUGCUCCUAGUCCAGGGAGGAUCUUCAUGGAGUGCCUUAGUCUCAGCAGUUCAGCCUCAAGAGUUGAUGAUGAUGAAGAUGCAUUUUCUUGCAGUGGCCAAAAUUCCUUUGUGUCUGAAUUCAAAGUUUUGGAUGGCAUGAAGGAGGAGCAUCCAGACUGCUUAAAUCGCGCCCAUGCUGGAUUUCAUUAUAAUGGGGAACAUGGGCAGCUUCAAGAUUCAGUGAAUGCCUCACGUUUUGGCCCCAAAAGUAGGCUGGCCACUCAUGCUACUCCGUCCACUGUCGGAGGUUCUGCUCUUGCUCUGCACUAUGCCAAUGUCAUUAUAGUUAUAGAGAAACUUCUUCGUUACCCACAUUUAGUGGGAGAGGAAGCCAGGGAUGAUUUGUAUCAAAUGUUGCCAGCUAGCUUAAGAAAGUCUUUGAGGAUGAAUCUCAAGUCACACUUCAAGAACUUUGCAAUAUUUGAUGGUGCGUUGGCUCAUGAUUGGAAGGAAAACCUUGAUCAGAUCUUGAAAUGGCUAGCUCCUUUGGCUCAUAAUAUGAUCAGGUGGCAAAGUGAGCGCAAUUUUGAGCAACAACAGAUUGUUUCAAGAACAAACGUUCUUCUACUUCAGACCCUUUAUUUUGCAAACAGGGAGAAGACAGAAGCAGCAAUUUGUGAUCUUCUUGUUGGUUUGAAUUAUAUAUGCCGUUAUGAACAUCAGCAAAAUGCUCUGUUGGAUUGUGCUAGCAGUUUUGACUUUGGUGAUUGGAUGGAAUGGCAAUUGCAAUGCCAGGCUUCUUGUCUCGAUUGAUGGGUAAUAUGAAUGAAGUUGGGGUUUUUUCUUGGUUUAAUCAAAUACAAAGAUAUAGAUUACUUUGUUUUUGUUGAAAGGCAUCUAGGGUUUUGGCUUUGGCUUCUUAAGUACUAGUACAUACAAGUAGUUUUCUCUCACUAGAGGGAGGAAGUAAUUUUUUCUUCCGAACAUUAUGUAUGUACUUUUGUACAUAGUAAUGAUAAUUUCUUACAUUUUUAUCCUAGAUUUCUCUCAACUAUCCCAAUCGAAGUUCACAUAUUUGGAAUCAACAUGUACAUUUAUCUUUCUAUCUUCUCCCUUAGUAAGGUUA